CUAGGCGUUACAUAACAUUCCUUCAAGUUCUACCCCACCCUCUAAAACAACUUUGGAACUACCAUAGAUAAGAKUCAGUUAGCUACGAAAAAUUAUUCAACUACUUGCUUUUCAAAUCUGGUCAGACACUCAAAAUGGUCAAGGUUCUACUUGUUUUAACCAACCAAGGUAAGAUGGGUAACUUGGACAUGAAGACUGGYUGGUAUCUGCCAGAAGUAGCUCACCCAUAUUUGGUAUUCAAGAAUGCUGGAUAUGAGAUCAUUAUGGCAAGUCCAAAGGGAGGCAAUGCUCCGAUGGACCCUUCAAGUUUCGAGGCUUUUGAACAAGACGAAGAAUGCAAACCCUUUAGGAAGGACUUCAAUAUCAAUGACAAGGACAGCAGCUUUAAGGAUUCCAUUGCUAUUGACAAAGUAGAUUUGUCUGGCAUCGAUGUGAUAUUCUGUGCUGGAGGACAYGGUCCCAUGUUUGACUUCCCCAACAGCGAAGUCCUAAAUAAAGCUGUCGCAAGUGUGUAUGAAAAGGGAGGAAUUGUUGCUGCAGUAUGUCAUGGGCCGGCAGGUAUUGUAAAUACUAAGCUUUCAAAUGGAGAUUAUUUGGUGAAGAACCAAAAGGUUACCUGUUUCACAAACAAAGAGGAAGAGUUUGUCAAACUGGUUGAUCCCAUGCCCUUCUUACUGGAGACAAGGCUUAAGGAACAUGGUGCAGAAUUUCUAGCAGCUGAUAACUUUCAGGCCAAUGUGGUGAAAUCUGGACGCAUUGUGACUGGCCAGAACCCAGCAUCUGCCACACCUAUGUGUAAGGAAAUUGUGGAAAUGCUUAAAAAGUAGCCAAGCCAAGCUUUAUGUAUUAUGCAAAAAUGAACUAAGCGUUCAUUGUAAACUUGCAAAGUAUGUCUUGUUUGGAAAUAUCUUUUAUAAGAUAGCACUGUGUUAUUUCAUACCUAUUGAUAUAAGGAAAUAAAUACUCUUUAAACAAAAAUA